GUGUGUGUGUAUGAAGGCGGGGAGGAGUUGCGCUUGUCUAGGCUGAUUAGCAACAAACAGAAGGUUGCGAGUUUAAAAUGUGGAUUAUUUGACCUCCAUGGUGGAUUUUGUUGUCAUCACAGCGGUAUGAACUCUUCUCUGUGUUAAGCUGGGGCUUGUUGUCACAGUUUUAGAGGAAGCUGGGUGGCUAUUUUGCAACCUUUUUUUGCACUGAUAGCGAAGGCAACCUCGCUUUUAGGUCGUUGGAGGCGGCGAUGGUGAGCUGAUAGCUGCGUCAUCAUGUUGCUUCCGACUCGAGUUGACCGAAAGAAAUCUCAAGUUAACGAAGCCGCCUGCAGUCAUCCAGCUCCCAGGGCCACUCCCGACUACCGGAGGACGAGGCUGCCGGGGGGAGCUUGCUAAUAUCUACGGCUGACUUUUACAUCACUUGGCGCGAUUCCGUCCUGGCCGCUUCAAUUUAUUAUCUCCACUCAGUCCAAAACAUGUCCGUCGGUGUGGCUUUAUGCAGUUAAAAAGCCACAAAAACAAUAAACUAUAGCCAUAUGAAUAUUUAACAUUUUGGACGAGAGUGUUAUGAUAAGAAGUGAUGCCCUCGAUGACAGCUAGGCUACAAAUCAGGAGCCUGAUUGGCACUUUCACCACUGACAUUUAAGACAUUUUAAAAUUACUUUAAACUAGAUAACCGUUAAAAAACAAUUUUGCAUAUCAAGGAUAUCAGGGUGUUCAAGUGAGUGUUUUUGAUAGUCUCCCCCCCCCCCCAAGCCAGCCUCAACAGGGCAAAGUUCCGUCCUAUCAGGGUACAAAAGACACUCACUAUGGCCAUGAAGGCGACGACUUGUCCCUCCAACCCUUGGUCGGGUGAAACCUCUGCAAACUUCGAGUGGAUCGACGGGCUGCUCUACCGAAAGAAACUAGAAAGAGGCUACAUUAACUACCGGGAGGUUUUGGAUGAGGACCGGAGACUUGAGGUCAUCGCCGCGUUCCACCUACGACGGCGUGACCAGCGUCACCUCUCCCAGGAGGAGACCUACAAAAGUGUGGCUGAGAACUACUGGUGGGACGGGAUGUACUUCCACAUCAGAGACUUUGUCCUGGGCUGUCCUGAGUGUAAGAUCCAACAGAGAAAGAAGACAGAGGAACUGGGUGACAGAGGAUGCGUCACGAAGACGAUGGCGUCGCACUGCUCCGAUAUGCUCAGCAAGCUGAAGAGUCAGCGGGAGGCGGGGAUGUUCUGUGAUAUCACUCUGCGCACUAACGGGCAUGCCUACGCUGCACACCGAGCCGUGCUGGCCGCCGUCAGCGAUCACUUCCAAGAAAUCUUUACAGAGAUGGACUCCAGCAUGAAAGGAGACAUAGAUCUCACUGGCUUCAGCGAGGACAGCCUUUUGUCUCUGCUGGAUUUCUCCUACUCCUCCACCCUGUGUGUUCGCUGGGAGGACCUCCCCGAAGUCAUCACCAUGGCCCGCCACCUUGGUAUGUGGCCUGCCGUGGAAGCCUGCUCUGCUCUCAUGAAGGAGCACGAACACAUCGUUCAUCCUAGCCUGGACUUAACAUUAAGCUAUGGCGGCGUUUGCAGUUUGCAUCAUCGCCAGCAGACAGAAGCCAAAAGGAAAAAUGGAUUGGAUUUAGAGGAGAACAUUAACGAUGGCUUCAAACUAACAAUGGAUACAUCAGAUGAGUCUGCGGAGGGGAGCCCCAGUUGCAAUUUGCGCAAAGGGCCAAAUCUGAGAGGUUAUAACGGUGUCCCCAUGAGUCCCUCACACAGGAUGAAGCUCAUGGACUUUAAAUCUCCCUCAUCCAAGAAGCCACCUGCGUCCAGAAAUACGGUUACCACCCCACAGUCAAAGAAUUACUCAUCCAUAUCGCCAUCAAACACGCGUCUUCUUCGGUCAAGUCCCGGUGCUGCUCAGAAGGUUCAAAGAUUGCUGUCCAUGCCGGAAAGCCCUCAGCAAAACAGGAAGACUCACUCCAUCCAGCAGAUGUCAUGUACCCCUAGAUCCAGGUCCAGUCCAGUUUGUAGCCCAGUCAGGGUGAAGCAGGAAGUGGAGGAGGUGGGAGAGGAUGAGGAGGAUUAUGCCCGAGUGCAAGAGAAGUACAAGCUGAUGAAUGUUCUCGGCCUGCAGAGGACCGCCCUCCUACCAAGACCGGAAGAUCUGAUUGGUUGGAGGCAGAAGAAACGACUCAGGAAGCUUAAAGCCAAUAACUACUCACUGACCAAGAGGCGAAAACCCCGCUGCGCUCUGCCAGUGCUACCUUUUGGACCUGUGACGCUGUCACUUCCUCUCUGCGACCCCGUUAACAGUCUCCUCCUCAACAAGGCGGGGAAGACCAAGUCUGGUACUCCACCCAUAAUGGAAGGAAUUACAAAGAGGCAAAAGCCAAUUAAACAAAUACCUCCUAGCGACCGGAGAAUGCGGAGUCAAGGUGUCUUACCAGAUAUGUUCCAACCUGACUUCAGGGGGAGAGAGCUCAGGCGGUCUGUGAGGAGGGGUGGCGGUGUCCAUCCUCCUGUUCAGCAGUCCCUGCGGCUUAACUCCAACAAAAUUUCAGUCAGAAACACAGUCAGGAUCAAGUCAGAACCAUCUGAAUACUCGAUCUCAGGUUUCUCUUUGGUAUCAAACAAUCAGCGUGUUGCCACACCUCGUAGAUCCACGACACAGGCCAGGAAGAUCAUAGUCGAGCCAGUCAAGACACCGCGCUACAACAGCAGCCGCAUGGUGACAAAAGCCAAGCCCAGGCGGGGCAACACGAGAGAAGCAGAGAAGCCAAGGAGCAGGUCCAGGAAGGGCCCGAGUGUGGAGGUGAGCACUGGGAGAACAAUCAAGGAUAAUAAACCUGGUGGGUUCCAGUUCUCAGAGCACUCUUCUCCGCCAUCCAUCUACCACCACCCUCUGUACAAAGUCAUCAAAGAGGAGCCAGCAGAUCCCAUUCCAGUUGGCGGACCUUUCCCGGAUCCUCCCUCUCCGGACCUGGGCAAGCGCCAGAGCAAACCCCCCAUCAAACUACUGGAUUCUGGCUUCCUGUUCAGCUUCUGUCGGCCGGCGGGGGCACCCAUGGUGGGGAUAAAGAAAGAGGAAGAGAGUGUGGAUAUCUGUUUGACGCGCUCCGUGUCACAAGUCGGCGAGAAAUUCGGAGCCAACCACAGGGCGUUGAGAGCCAGAGGACCACCACCCGACUUAGCAAUGGUGAAGAGGGAGAGGGAGGAGAGGCGUGAGAGACAAAGCAGAGUCCAGAGACCCAGGUCCAGCUCCAGAAACAACAGUGUAUCUCUGGCCAGUUCCAGGGGGGCAAAGGCUACACUAAUCAUACCAAAGCCAGAGCCUAAACCCCUCCCUGUGAGCAGCAGGGGCUGUGUUGUGAUGGACUCCGUUCGCCGGGCAAGGCUAAAGCAGCUGAGGGGGCCACGCAGCCAGGCCCCAAAAGUCCCGAAGGCGGCACAUGCCUGCCUGCAAUGUGCCGCCUCCUACAGGGACUGCGACGCUCUCAUCAUGCAUCGCCUCAGGCACGUUGAGGGCAAGCACUGGCCGUGUCCGCUUUGUAGUAAGACCUUCUUUCGACUCAGGAAUGUAAGGAACCACAUCCGCACCCAUGACCCUAAGUUGUACAAAUGCAGGAGCUGCAUUAUCGCAGGUUCCUGAGGCGGCUUUGUCGGCAACACUGCCUGUAUAAGCAACAAAUAUGAGACACGGACAUGACCAAGCAGGGGAAGAGGAAAUCACAUGAUCGAUCCGGAGCUUGUACAUAAAUGGAUCCGUCAUUAACACAAGCACAAUGGUCUGUAAAGGAAGAGUGACUGCUCUUUCGUUUCUAAUCUAAUGGUAGCUGGUUGUCAAAAUGAUAUUUAAAUAACCAAACCAAGGUUGCUGUGUCCGUUUCCCCCCAAAAAAAAGUUCAACCUUGAACGUUACACUCAGGGGGUGGGGAAUGUGAUGCCACCUUGAUUCCACACACACACACACACACACACACAUACCGCUUGUGUAUAAAAAUGGAAAAACGUGAUUGUUUUAUCUAUUAUAGCGCUACAUAUUUGUCAUCAAUCCUACAGUAUAUGUGUAGUUGAAUUUGGAGUGCACUUAUAUCUUAAGCCUAUGUUGUACACCUAAGAGCUGGUGAUGAAUUUGAAAGGUUGGGGGAGGGCGGAGUGGACGUCCACGGCGGAAAUACUUGAAGUGACACAAGCGUCUGGAGGGAAUACUUGAAGCCGCGGGUGGGGGAUUGAGACGGUCCUUUGGGUGUUUCGUUGGGUCUUUUGUCCGUUUAGGUGUGCUUAACUUCUUACUGACUUCAGUCGUCUCCCCCUCCGCCUUCCUCUGUUAUGAUCUACGUGUAAUCCCUGCAUUGGGACUGUUGACAACGCUGCAUGUGCAUCCGUUUUUUGCAACGUGACUGCGUCCCGACAGGAGUUUUAUCCAUCCCUUCCAGCACCUUUUAAUCCAAGCCGUUUUACUUUGAAUUCCCCUCCUACUGGAUAAAUGCAACGUGUGCACAUAAAAUGAUGAUUAUGGUUCACAAAUUGAUUGAUUUGCAAAAAUCUUGCUGUCUGUUAACAGACUGAAUGAAUACAUUUUUGACUUUUAUAUUGUUGCUUUAAUUACCUUACCUUAUUGCUUUUUGUAUACUUGCCGUGUACUGUCUCUAUUGCGUGAGACAGAUUUAUAUUUGACAGAUAUUUAACGGGAUUCUGUUCAAAUGCACAUAAAUUUAGACAAGAGUAUUUAUGUAAAAUGCUGAGACAGCUUUGUGGUUUGGACAAUUAGCCAACAUGUUAUUAUUGUCUUGAAGUUUUUGAAAUAGAACAAUUUUAAAAUGCAUUGCUGUGCUUCUGUGGCUGGGUCUGGGGAUGUUCUAAUUUUAUCAAUAAAUCUAUAUAAAUAUAUAA